CUCUCCAGAAGUACCGCUUAUGGCGACAUGUGACCUAUGUGAUCGAUAUCUGCGCAUAUAUUCUAGAACUUCAGAACUGAACCCGGGAUCGAAUGCCUUCGAAGCGGUUGAUAUGCUCUCCUUCUCUCACUACGAUUUCCUAUUCAACUCUACAACUCCCUGCGUAACUCCCUUCGCAACUCCCCCCGAACUCUCUUCGCACAGUGAUCACCAUGCAGCACUGGCUCCGAUACAUCGUGAUCGCAUUCCUCCCGAUCACCGCCCUCGCCAGCGAUCUGCGAAUCAUGCGCGAUGAGCUCUCCGAACGCGACGUGCCCGGCCUAUACGUAUGCUCGGAGGAAAACUUCAAAGGCUACUGUGGCUACAUAGCCCACACCGCGAACACAGGGUGCCAGUCAUUCCCAGAUCCCACCCCGAGUUGGCCCAGCAUCAAGUCCAUCGGCCCUGAUCGCGGCCAAACCUGUCGCGUGUUCCAGAAUACCGGCUGCACCGGGCUCGCCGUGCGCAAUCCCUCUGGAAUCUCCGAGAUUCAAUACCCCGGGCUGGCGUCCUUCUCCACCCCGAAACUGUCGGCGUCGGAUCCGGAGUGGAAGCCGCAGACCUAUAUCUGUUACUGAACGGACGAUGAAGAAAUAGUGCUGCACGGAUAUGCGAUGCUAUUGAAUGGUUGAUUGAUUCGCAAGUUAUGGAAUUAUGGUGCGGAAUGGGU